AUGCACUUCGCUACUUCUUCGCUGGCGCUCUUUGCUGCUAGCGCUACCGCCUUCCCAGCAACGAGCGUUCUUGACUCUGAUCUCCCUCCACCUCCUGCCCCGGAGCCUAUCGAGGUGAUUGAACUUCCGCUGCCGCCCGUGGCUCCCAGCAAUGACACGGGAUCUUGCACCCUAGACGUCAACCCCCGGGGCACAGGGUGUAUCCUCCGAGGGCUAGGCGACUCCGCAUUCCAAGCGGGUGAUUUCACGACCGACGGGAACAACGUUAUCGUAACUGUUAUGUUUGCGGGCGCACCUGCACCGCCUCAUCCCGCGAGUAUCUACGAUGGAGCACAGGUGAUAUUGGUCAAGGCUGAUGGAGCGACGUUCACCAAUGGGGAUUCUUGGAAGUGUCUCAGCUGCGGCGUUCCUGAAAAACAGCAGCAGUCGCGAGACCCUCAAACAGACUACCCGCACGUGUUUCGCAGUGGUGACAAGGCGCUGUGGGGUCAUAACAUUCUUGAUUGCAAUGGGCACCAGCUGGCCGACGAUGACUGCACGCCUGAGGAAAUCUUUAUCUACCCAAUAUACUGGGCGACCAUCGAAAACGGCACAGAAGUGAACGGUGCGCCGCGCGAACUGCGUCUUCAUCCCGAUGACACCCAUCUGGGCUUCAGCUCGUUCACGAGUUCGGGAGGACAAAACACCUUCUUCGGUCGUCUUCAGUUCAAUCCUAGUCCCACAACCGGCAAAGUUUUGGCCCCGCGUUACGAGCUGGUUGAUGUCAAUCUGCUACGUGAUCCGAGUCGCAGUGAGCGCCUUACCGCGGAAGACGGUGAACUCAAAUUCCAUGACGACGUCAUCUUAGUCGGCGAACUGCGUGGCUUUUCUGGAACAGGCGACGAGAUUGUUUACAUUGGCGAAACAUAUGAAGCCAACAACAUAGAUGUUUCGGCUGUGCAUGUCGUCACUGGGGCUGUCCGUCGCUUGACCGAGCAUCCGGAAUACACCGACCCGAUAUCAUUCUCUGCCGACAACAAGUGGAUUAUUGCUUUGGACACACGUGGGACCAACCGCCAAAUGUUCAUGUCCGGCAUGCGUCACGUCCCACCCUUGAUUGAUCUUGUCACUGUGACCGUGGCAGCAUCUACCCGUAACAAUGGGAACAGACGAUUCUUCAAUCCGAUCCUUAUUGACGGAUACGGUGAUCGAGGAGAUUACUUCGGCCAGCAUGUCAAUGCUGAAGGAGAUGGAAGUAAUGGUGCAGUAAACGACCCAAACUGGAACGCUCGCGCAGACCCGGCAUUCUCGCGCGAUGGUACAAAGAUUGUGUACUGGCAAGCCAUUGUCACGGGACGCGAGUGCGGAGGUGCAAAUCCUCUCCCUUGUCCGGUGCCAACAACACAGGGUCAGCGUGAGUACAGACUUAUGCUCGCCAAAUUGACAAGCCGAACACCUCAAGCAGCGCCACCAGUAUUUGACGUACCCGAUCAACUGCCCUGGGCCACACCUUUCCCUCCGGGCACACCUUUACCCAACACUACACGUGGGCCUAGUGCUGGCGAGUACCUUCUUCGCGGCAAGCUCUCUGGCGUUGCUCAUGUCGAGCUUUCUAACUCAACUGGAGACCAGUCUGGAAGCUUUGACACUGUAGCUGUCAACUAUACCGACUACGCCGAUGUGGAAGGAUAUCUGCUGAACGGGUGGGAGAAUGCAAAAAGUACGAUCCUAUGGCCGAAUCCAUGGAACACCUUGGUGGACUGGUAUUCAGACCUUGAAGAGACUGGUGUGGUCACUGCGUCGAAGAAGACCAGCCUCGAUGGGUUCCAUUUGCAAAUCGACGCGAUGUUGAAUAUUUUCAACGCAACCGGUACACUUACAACGACCAUCGAUGGGGAGGUAUAUGAGCAGCCCGCCAAUGGAACGUAA